UGAUUGCACCUGCCUCUCAUCCUGUUAUAGCUAAACAUUGACUCAAGUGGUAGAGAAGUUCCUCAAUUCAAAUGAUUAGCCACACGCUGACUUGGAUACGACUCAGAAGAGAUAAUAUUUACGACACUCGAACUCAAUACUUCACACUCACGAAAACUUGAAGUGCUUGUUCCCAUUCGUUUCGUAGAAUGGCAACGAAGUGUAAGACGUACAAGGUAAACACACGACGCUUUAACAGCCGGGAUAUGAGCUUUAGUCGUCGAUUUUGAAAACCUCAAUGUCAACCAGCCCUAACGCCAGGGCGAAAACUGCUGCAAAGACCGAACGCAGAAAUGUAAAGUUCGGCCGAAAGAGAUUUACUGCGCGAAAAGGAUCGGCUCCUACACUUCGACAGCUUUCUCCCGAAGGACGCGAAUCCACAAGCGGGGAUUAUCUCGCUGAUUUGAGCUAUGGUAAGUGGGCUAGAGAGAACGACGAGGUCGGCAGAGAUGUGAAAUCAGAGAAGAAAAAACUAGUUUCCCCAAAGAGAAAGCCAAAGAGAUCUCCAGUUAAGGAUAACUGGGUGUAUUUACAGGAAGAAAGCGUGAGGGUACAUUCAGCCUCUCCUUGCUGUAGUCCGACUCCUGCUGUCUUUCAUGGCGAGCAAGUUGACGAGGAAGAAUCUGGAAUUGUCCAGAAGGAAGACUAUUCUGGGAUUCAAACUUCACAAUUUGUGACUGAAAAUGAAAGUUCCGUGUCGGGUCCACCUAAAGCUAAGGAACUUGAAGGAACAGCUACCGACACUCGAGGUGAGAACAGCCCUCACGCGGAAAUACCGUGGACAGACGGUGAUGAUCGUAUCGGCGAAAAUGCGAAUAGAUAUGAGGACCGACGCGUCUCUAACUAUGCAGAAAGACAACCAUUUAGGGCGACUAGAUCGCUCGACUAUUCUAGUGAUAUCAAAGCUAUAAGUUUGCUGGAACCUCCUAGUGCAGCAAGACCCAUAGAAAACCCCGGAGACCUAAGCGAUUCAAGCUCGCCAGAUCAUCCCAGUGACGUAACAUGUGACAACUCCUUGGGCAACGUCAAACCGGCCUGGGAGUUGGGCAAGAUGUUUAAGCUCAACAAAGACUUCCCAAUGGAUAUCCUCAAGGACCAAGCCAAACCUUCCGGGAUAAAUGAGCGGAUGGAGAGUUCUAGAAAGAUUCCCGAGUGGAUGACAGAAAGGCAUUACGUGAACCUCUCUCUCAACCUUCGCCCACUUUCACCAAGCGUCAAGACGUGCAGGAUUACACUACCGACGCACUUUCCUGGAGUCGUCACUAAACAAGCGCAUAAGAAAGAUCAACCCGAGAGUGACUCGGAAUCAUCCGCCGACGAUUUUGACUUCACGUCACUUCAAGACGUCGAAAGGUACGAAGAGAUGCAGAAAGAAAAGUCCCAUUUGUUGGAGGUGCCAGACGUUGGGCGAAUAAAUCUUGUGAGUUCUAACUCCUCGUCGCCGCGCUCUUGUCGCUCGGAGUGCUCCACGCCGGCCGAGUUACUCGCGAUGACGGCCGCAUCAAGCGAGUACCUUGCGGCCCGAGUCGUCACCGAGCUCAAAACGAGUCUUCUCGAGCCCGAGGAUGACCACCAAGGAUACGAGUGCGUGACACCUACGAACAUCAGGCGGAGGCGGCAUAGCAUGUUUGCGACUUACUCGCCCAUCCCGCCACGUUCUAAAUCAGCCACAGUAGACGUUCCUUUAGCGCUACCCUUGCUAACCCACGGCAUAGACAAGGCAAAGAGUUUACCCGACCUCGAGAAUGAUCGGUUAUUCGAGUCCAGGAGAAUGUUUGUUAGUUUCCGAGAGAAUUCGCCCCACGUCGAUACCGUCAACCUCAGAGGAAAAGGCGAGGUGGCCGCGCGCUGCCGAAGAAUCAAUAGACUUAUCGGGCGUAGAGAGGACAGGCAGACUAGGCUUGACCUUGGCCUGGAACCCAAGGUCAAGAAGAAGGUCAGAGUUAGACGAUGGGUGAAGGAGUGCCACCAGACGUUGUCGUCUGCAUAAUAGGCGCUCCACAUGUAGGCACUAAGAAACUUUGUUAAAGCUAUAUAGGCUCUCCAUUCCCAGUCUUUCUCUAUUCCUUCUGAACAUUUGUUUUUUAAGGGAAGGCCAAUGCAAGCUAGGAAUCAUCUCCUUAAUUGGUUGACAUUUGCAUGAAUUUUAUAUUAUCGUAAUAAAAAAGAGUUAUACUUUUAUAAAUAUUAAAAUAAUACACUUUUGAUCUACUCAUCAGCUGCACAUCCUCUUUGCGCAUGGAGAUUUGUGUAAAUAGUCGAAACUCUGAUGAUUCUGUUAAAAUAUCGCGUGGAUGAACCGUAAAUACUUUUCUGGGAUACCUAGCUUCAGUCCCUCCUCUUAUUACGUUAAACUACGGGCCAUCAAAACUCAUUACGUGUUGCUUGGGUGUUACUGGAAGCGAAUGUCGGUUGUUUUAGUCCCGUGAGGUUUGCGAUACAACAUCAGGCGGACUUAUCGUCCCUACUUCUUAACCUCAGCUAAUGUAUCUCUUGAUCCACUACCACGAACACCAAGUUAUCUGUCGUAAUUAUUACUUGAGGGCGGGAUUCUUUUAUGAUUUUAGAUUCUCCAAUCUAUCUCUCAAAAAGUAUACAAAAAACGCAAGAUGGUUUUGUUUGUUUUUAAUCAGCUUUAAGUCAUAACGAAUACUUCCUCGGCGUUGCUGGAUUUUCCAUGAGAAGUAAAACAAAAACAUCAGUGCAAAAGGGGAGUUGAAAUGGCAAGCAGACCGGUGCUUAUUAGUAGAAUUAUUUCUAAGAAUACUUAUUAUAGUUAACAUGUACAGAUGAUGUAAACUAUUCGCAAAAUUUAUCAAUAAUUUUUGCAUUCACUAAAAAUAUGAUGAGAACCCUGUUUUAA